AUACCUAUUAUCAAAAUACCACAAUUGCAACACGUGCGAGUUUUGCUCUCUCUCCAGUUAAUAAAUAAAUUACAUUUUAUUAAGGAUUUAUACGAUACGAACGUCAUGUUAAAAAAUAAGAGGAAGCCAGGGAAGUUGGUGAAAAAACCAUUAAAAAACGCCGCUCGAUUGGAGUCCCAAGAUGAUUCGCCCACCAAGGAGCACAGCGAGCAGUCGGCAACCAGCAGCGACGAUGGUUUUGAUGAACCAAAACCCACACCGGUCAAAAAAGAUCAAACGCCUAUUGCUAAGCCAAAAAAAAACAAGUUCAAACAGAAGGAUGACGCCAAGAAUGUUAAGCCACCCACUCUGGAGGAGAUGAAAGAACUGCGCGAUACCCAGAACCUCUUCCACUCCAAUCUUUUUAAGCUGCAGGUCAAGGAAAUGCUGGAGGAGCUCCAGCUUAAACAAAAAUACAUAGAUUUCAUUGAAACAUGGCUGGAAUCUUUCACUGCCUUCACCAGGCAGCUAAAGGAUGGGUUGAUGGAGCGGACCCAUUUAGAAGUGCCACUAAAAAUACCUCAGAAGCCGACCGGUUUUGUUUUCUCUAAACCCACCAGGGAACCGUAUUUAAUUGGAGCUGCAGGCACAGGCACUUUACUGGGUCCUAAAAUUAUUGUGGAUGUGGCUCUUGAAAUGCCAAAGGAAUCACUUCAUAAAGAUGAUUACCUUAACCUUCGCUAUGACCAAAAGCGAGCUUUGUACCUGACAUAUGUAACGGAGAGAAUGAAGGAGUCUCCAACUUACGCUCAAGAUAAAUUCACAUUUAACUACCACGCAAACAAUCCACUGAAGCCAGUGCUGGAGCUGACACCAGUGGCUAAGCAGGUUACCAAGCAUCUGCAGGUGCGCCUAUUCAUCACUAGCCCCCCAAGUAGUUUGAAGCAUGGUAGAUUCGUUCCCUGGAACAACAAUAUUCGGCCUUCGUUAUACGGUGACGAGUGGGAUGAGGAUGAGCCCCUGCCCCCCACACAGCACUAUAACGCCAACGUGCUAUUUGAUCUGACUUUGUCCGAGAACCAGGCCCAUAUAGAAAAGACUUUUAAGGGCAGGCGCAAUUUCCAGGAUGGACUGCUGCUUCUUAAAGUAUGGCUACGUCAGCGAGAAUUGGAUAUAGGUUACAGCGGCUUUGGCUCCCACAUCUUGGCUGCUUUUAUUGUUUACCUAAACUCGCAGCGCAUCCUGCACCAAUCGAGCAGCAGUUAUCAGGUGGCACGUACCGUAUGGAACCAACUGGCCAACACGGACUGGACCAAAGGCAUCACCUUGGCACCUGCUUCAGUCCAGACAGAAGAAUUAGCAAAGUUCGCUACUUACUAUGACGUUUGUUUCAUGGACUUCACUGGGCAGCACAAUCUGUGCGCAAAUAUUCCGCUUUCCCUGUACCAGAGGGUUCGGGAGGAGGCUAAACUGGCGGUGGAACUAUUAAAUGACAUGAAACUUAACAGUUUCCCGCUCAUCUUUAUGCAAAAGUGCCCACUGUACAGUAGGGUGGAUAACAUCUUGAAGAUUACCAAUUAUUCGAGUAUUAACCAGAUGCUUAUGCUGCAUUCCCAGCCAAAAUUCAAAUAUGAUUAUGCUAAUUACGGCUACCCACAGCUACUGCAAUUACUGACAGAACUCCUUAAGAAGGGACUAGCUGAGCGUGUUCAUUCUAUACUACCUUUGGAAACGGAAUCUACACCCUGGCCAGUGGAAAACAAAGCUCCUGUCAUAGGAAAUUAUAUUCAGUUGGGGUUGAUACUUCAGCCGGAGCACGCCUACGAGGUCUUAAACAAAGGACCCGCCACCAACGAAGAUCCUGAGGGAGCUGCGGAGUUCCGAAGUUUCUGGGGAGAAAGAUCAAACCUUCGACGGUUUCAGGAUGGUAGCAUCACCGAAGCUGUAGUCUGGGGAACGGCCCAGGAUGCUCCCGCCAAGAAGAGACUAAUUGUACGUCAGAUUGUGCUACAUCUGCUGGAGCAUCACCUACAGCUGGAUAGCAAGGAUGUGCAAUAUAUUGCCGCCGAAUUGGAUCAGGUCUACCGCCUGUCGCCAUGGUUUAAAGUUAAUAAGCUAAAGACCAAGCUGACACUGGAUCAGGAUACUGACGCGGAGGCAUUGAGUCCACAUGUUAUACGCUGCUAUGAUGAGUUAGCACGGCAACUGCACGGACUUAAUGAUCUACCACUUGAAAUCGUCUCCAUAUCAGGCACCUCACCCGUUUUCCGAUACUGUGAGCCACAGCCAGUGCUGCCUCAAGCGCGAUUCGCAGAAAACCAUAUUUUGUCAAGCCAUGUGCAACGAGUAGUAAUACAGCUAGGUCAAAGCGGUAAAUGGCCUAACCAAUUGACUGCAUUGCGUGCUCUGAAAACGGCCUUUCUUAUUGAAAUUGGUGAGAAGCUGGAGGAGAAGUGCCAUCUUCGGUGGGUAAUGACUGCCGAGGGUCUAAUGGUUCUAAAGCAGGGCUUUUGCUUCCUGAUAGAGCUUGCCCACAACAAGGAACUGGCGUUGCUUAAGCAGGAAAUUACUGAACGUGGCAUAACCACUUACGUAGACAAUCCUGCUAGUCGAUCUUUGGAGCGCCAACACUACAUCCUUCCCAAAGUGAGCGGGGCCUUGCACUCGCUCCAUCAAACACACUCCGCUUUCGGACCCACUGUGUUGUUGGCCAAACGUUGGUUGGCCACCCAACUGCUGGACGAUGGACUUUGGCCUGACGUGGCCACAGAACUUCUGGUGGCACAUCUUUUCCAACAGCGUUAUGCUCCACAGGCAAUAGCGUCGCCCCAAACCGGAUUCAUUCGAUUCCUGCAGCUGCUCGCCCACAGCGAUUUUAAUGGAGAGCUCUUCCUGCUUAACUUUAAUAAUAGCUGGCAGGAACAACAAAUUGCUGAUCUGGAGCACAGCUAUCGUAGCGACCGCCAGAGUUAUCCUCCUUUGGCUCUAACAACGUCCUACGAUAUGCAGCAUUCCGGUCGUCUGUGGACUUCGGAUCAAUCGCCCAGCCAACGGGUACUAGGACAUGUAACGCGACUGGCCCGUCAUUCUCUUGAGAUUAUCGAAUCCAGCCUGAUGUCAAAGGAUCUAAGGUUUGUAAGGCCAGCCCAAUUGUUCCGAGCUUCCAACGAGGGCUACGAUUUGGUUAUACAACUCAAGCCGGAUCUGGUGUCCAAUUCAUUAACCUACGAUCUGGGAUCACCAUUCGUGUCAUUUGGGCAGCCAAACUUUAACUUGCCUCGAGCAGGAGCAAAUAAUCUUGCAAAGAUUGUGAGGCAACUGCGGUCUGCCUACUCGGACUUUGCUGCAUUUUUUUAUAAUCCCCACGGUGGAAAGGAACUGGCUAUUGUGUGGCGGCCACCCACUGAAUUCGCACCAAAAACCUUCAAGGUCACUGAGCUACAGGCCUGCACACCUUGCGAUAAUGGAAAAGUCCAAGUUCUGAGGGAAACGCUGGUAGAGGACUUCAAAAUACUACUGAAAGAUUUCUACCUGCGGAUUGCCACGCCGGAGGAGCUCAAGCGGGAACAACGUGAGCAUCAGCAGCCUAAGAGAUAUUUCAAUGCCAAUCAACCUCAGGAGCCCAGUUCGAAGCCGAAAAAGCAUAAAGCUCAGAAGGACAGUUCUGAACAGGGGGCACCGCCCAAGAAGAAACGUCUUAUCAAAAGUACGUCUCUAAAGGCCUUAAAAUAGAAUAAGUCAUAGCUUAUUGCCUAUCUGUGUAAGUUAAAAAAUUAUUAAACAUAGCAGAUUUUAAAACA